UUUAUGGUUUCCUUUGUUCAAAAACCUAACCCUAAUUUCUUUCUUACAUCACAACCAUCGGAAUGAUUUGAAGAAGACGACAAUGUCGAGAACUCGUUAUGAUUGGUCAAAACUUUGUCACGAUCUUUUGCGAUCGAUUCUCGAAAGCUUGCACUACAAGGAUUAUCAUCGAGCCCGAACUGUUUGCUCACACUGGUACACCGUUUCCACAACAUGUAAGCGACCUCUGUAUCCAUGGCGAAUCACAUUCAACGAGAAUUCAACUUCACUCUUCGAUCCCGUAGAAGACAAGAUUCACGAAAUUCAGCAUCCCGGAAUCGAAUUUUCUGAUAGUGAGAUUGUCGAAGGGAAUCCGUAUCGUAACCAUCCGUUUAGCUUUCGGGUUGUUUCGAAACCCGGGGAAUACGCUUGGAGGCAGAUUGUAGCGGUUACGAACUCUGGAGAGGUUUUGAUGAUCGUGAGCUUGAAAGGUUGCUUGGGGUUACAAAAGAAACUUCUUGUUCUCUUACAAGAAACGUGGAGAAAGAAUCUUCAAGGCACAAAAUGUGACGAUAUGGGUUUUAAGGAUAAUAAGCUUUAUGUGUUUACUAUUGAUAACUCCAUUAAGGUUCUUGAUUUCUCGGGAGAUAUCCCGAGAGAAGACGUCGAAAGUCCGUAUUAUGAUCAUCAGUUCAGCUCCGAAAUGGGACUGAUGGAAUGUAUUUGGAAGAGGAAAGUAAUGAUAACAAAAUCUGGAGAUGUUAUGGCCAUUCAGACCUCAGGAGGGAACAACAAAGAGAAGUUUUUGUUUCAAGUCUUUAAGAUGAAUCUUGAGAGUAGGAAGUGGAAAAGAGUAGAUUCUCUUGGAAAAAAUGAGAUGGUUCUCUUUGGUCAUGGAGUCACACUAAGAACAUAUAUCAAUGGUGGUUCCAUCUUUUUUGUUGAAGAUGAUCUUUGGCCAGGUCAAAGAAAAUGCGGGGUGUUUGAUCUUGCGACAAGUACAAUCACAUGGCCUAAGCCAGUAGGUCAUAGUCUUGCGGAGACUAGGCGAUGGCUGUGUGAUCCUCGAAACGGAAAGACUUAUAGAACAAGAUUUCUCGGAGACAAAUUAUCCGAGAGCCGUUGCAUCGCGAGUUACGGUAACUGGCUACUGAUGUUGAAUCCGAGUCUUGAUUUCUACGUCUUAAACGUGUUUACCGGCGAGAGAAUCAAUCUUCCGUCUCUAUCACUCCGAGGUGAUAUCCCGGAAGAGAUCAUCGAAGAAAACCCUUAUCUAAAUCAUCCGUUUUACUAUGAUCCGCAACCGUGGGAAUACAUUUGGCAGAGGAGAUUAGCGAUCACGACUUCAAGAGAUGUUCUAAUCAUUCUGAGCUUAAAAAAGACCCUUGAGAACGAAGAGAAACGUUUGUUCUACAUCUUUAAGAUGAAUCUUCAAGGCGACGAAUGGGAACGAGUGGAUUCUCUGGGAAAUGAGAUGUUGGUUUUUGGUGAUGGGUACACAUUAGCAGUAGCACCAGCUAAAGAAGAUGUUCGUGGAGGAGUCAUCUAUUUCGUUGCUGAUGAUGUUUGGCCGCCUCAUACCAAUAAACUCCUUGAAAGUAGUACCGGUGCUUUUGAUCUUGCAACAACCGAAAUAAGUUGGUCUCUACAUUAUUGUUACUUUUCCAACAUUCGUUGGUUUGUUCCAGGAUCUGAUAAACAAUGAUCGACCACGGUUCCUUUUUAGUUGCCAGUUUUUUCUUAAAAUUUAUUUCAUUACUCUUUGAUGUCUUGCUUUACAUACAUCAAUAACUGCAAUUAAGCAGAGUUUCAAGA